AUGCUGACCGUCGAGGGAUUCCCAUAUCAUAGCCUCAAUUUGAUGCACACUUAUUGGGUCAAGGAUUUUGGCUAUCUCAUCCACCCAAGGAUUCCGACCGACGGGGCCAAUCUCAGAGUGGCAGAUACGGUUCUGUUUGUCGGCCUCGACAUCUCAUUCGAAGCCGCACCACCACCCGAGGCUUUGCCUUCGAGUAUCAGAUUCCAAAAAUGGGAUAUCCAUGAUCCGGUCCCUGAAGAAUUUAUCGGGGCAUUUGACUUGAUCAACAUUCGCUUCAUGAUAUUCGUCGUCUACAAGGACGAGGUUUCAUCUGUAGUAGACAAGCUGAUCAAGAUGCUGAAACCUGGCGGCUACUUGCAAUGGGUUGAACCCGACAACCAGACCGUGCGCGGAGAAUUGACAAGGCCUGAAAACAGCAAAACGAGCAUUGAGCAGCUCAUGAGCCUGCUAAGGUCCCAAGACCCGAGAUUGAAUCCGACGUGGGUGCCAGACCUGCCCAAGAUCUUUUCCCAUUGCGGUCUCCAGGAUGUCGACGCCGACGUGCACGUUACUCCGCCACACUGGGCGUACUUGAUGCACGAGUGCGGCCUCAUCAUGCACGAACUCAUUGCGCGAAAGACCCGAAAUGAGCAAAUGGCAGCAGAGUUGAAGCGCCUGGUACCUUUGGCCGUGGAAGAGACCAAGAAGGGAGCCUAUCUGGCCACCACAAAGUAUGCCAUUACGGGAAGAAAGCCUUGA